AUGUCUGGCGCUCGCGAUGCCUCCGUCGAGCCUGUCGGGCCUGCCGAGCCUGUCGAUCUUUCUGAAUCCACUGACACUGUUGACCCUGCGCCCAACAGGCCUGACAACAUCGAUGACUUCAAGGAUUCUGGUGAUGCCUGUGAUGGAUCCGAAGACGCGAAUGACUCGGAUCAGUCUGAUAGCCCUGAUGACUCUGAUGACUCUGAGGAAUCUGUUUAUGUUCCUUUCCUGUCCUGGAAAGACUCCGUCUCGGAUGUUUAUGUUCCUCCGCCGUUGACAAAGGACUCUGAAACGGCACUUCAGAGUAAGAUCCCGUUGCUUCAAAAGAUUGAAGCUAUAUACUCGUCUAUCGUCGUGCCCGUUGGUUCAGAAUCUCGUUCCUGGUGUCGCCUGGGUAUGGGAUGGAAGAAAAUGACGUGGUGGAUGUAUGGUCUUCUAUACAGUAUGAGUGAUGACUCUCUAAUGCGGCUGUCACAAGACCCUAAGCUGAUUGAGACGGUCUGUGACUCCGCCAAGGAGUUUCUUCUACUAUGCUCGGGACAUGUGUCCAUCCGAUACCGUCAUUACCGGGAUAAGCCUCUGAUGUCAUGGGACGCCAUACAUUCAAGACACACCUUGCACGACGGGGAGCGAGGCGAAGCUGUCUGUGCUAUCUCUGGUAAGCGACACGCUCUCUGCAAGACGUAUAUCAUGCCAUUCGACACCAACUCUAGCCCAGGCUCGACACGCCUGCUUCAGCAGCUCUUCGGGGUUCCUGAAAUACUGUUCGGUCCUACCUUUACAGCGCGUGCUCGCGAGCUACUGGCGUCAAGGGUCGGCAACUCCCAUACCAAGUGGAAUAUCAUCACGCUUAAUCUCUACCUCGGUCGCCUCUUCGACGACGGGUAUCUCGCACUGCGCCCAAUCGCCCUCAAAAGCAGCAACACAAAGGGUAGAGAAGAGCAUACUGUAUACUUCUCUGUGCACUGGCUGUUUGAAAACGAAGUUGUCGCCAACCAUUACAUCUCCUCCCCCAGAAAGGCGGACAUCAAAUCAAUGCUGAGGACAGAUACCGUGUUCAACAAACAGCGAUCUGGCAUAUGCGAAACUAAUACGGUUACUGGUGAGAAAAUUCUCGACAACCAAGUAUUCUCUAUUGCACACCGCGACCAUAGGCAGGCGGAGAACAUGUACAUCAUGCUAGCUUUUCGAUGGGCUGUUAGUCUGGCUCUAUGCUUAGCUGGCGGCGUGGGGAUGUGGGAGGUGGACGCGGAGACGGACUCCGAGUCCGACUUUGGGCGGGAAGAAACAAAGAGUGGUCCCGAGAGCAGAGGGCGGAAGAAGGGGUUCGAUGGCUUGCGAUAUCUCAUGGAAAUUGAUCAUGUCGACAUGUUUUCGAUACUUGAAGCCAUGACGACGGCGGUGGGAAUAGCGUCGCUCCACAAGCCCGUUCGAGGAUCGCAAAUCGCGCUGUUUGCCGUGAACCGUCAAAGGUGUUGCGACACUGUCCGUUUCUGGAUGCCUCCAGCAGACCACCGUCGAAAUGAACAAGCGAUCUGGAACUGCUCCCACGUCACGUCCAAGCGCAAGAUCCAGAGCAAACACGACGUAUACCGCGUCCUCGGUGCCUCAACUCUUGUCCAAGCCGGUAGUGGCCAUUCGGUAAAGCACAAGCUCGAGGUCCUCUGUGGAUUUACUAGCCUCGGGGAGUUGCUGAAAGGUUUGGAGGAGACGCCCUUUGACGUCGACGCAGAGGAGUACGCCGAGCUGGUCAGCUUGACACCAGACGACAUCAGACCGAUCAUGCAGGCAGCGAGAGCCCCGGCCGGUGUCCAGGACAUCAACGAGCAGUUCACGCACCACAUCUCGAGAGGACUCCUGUGGGCGUUCUACGCCAUGCGAGCGGGCCCGCAGUACUCGGCCCCGGAGUCGCGCUUCGCCAUGGUCCGCUUCUUCUGCUACGACUCACCCAAGCUGGCGCUCAUCCUUCUCGAGGCACUGCAAGCCCAGGAAGUAGGCGAGCGCAUCAUCGCAUACGGGGUCACCCCACUGGCAUGCGCGUAA